UAAAGACAAUAAUCCAUCAGACGCUCAUAAACCUGCUGUCGUCUGUUACAUGCUCGUUCUUCCUCUGGUUGGUUUGAUGAAGAUGAACUCCACCUUCACUUAUUGACUACAUGAAGAAAUUUCUCACCAUCAGAAGGCAAACAUCUUCUCCAGUCACGAAAUGACCAACUCAGUGGAUAACUUCAGUCUUGGUGCAGAAGUGUUUAAACAUGGAAAUAACAACAAUUCACCAAAAACAUGUGGGGGCUCUGCUAUGGAUCAGAGUGAGGACAGAGGGGAGGGAGCCCCCCCCUCGGGAACCGCUCCGAGUGGGGAACAUGACGGCCAGACCACAGCUCUGAGCCAUGAGCUGCAGACGAGAACCCACUGUGAGGAACCUGGACCUGCUCCCAGUGGUGUGUCCUUCAGAAGUGACGUUUCUUUAGGUCGAUAUGUGGACUUUAAAGAUGGACAUCAGUCUGAUCAUCAAAAACCUGGACCUGCUCCCAGUGGUGCGUCCCUCAGGAGUGACAUUUCUUUAGGUCGAUAUGUGGACUUUAAAGAUGGACAUCAGUCUGAUCAUCAAAAAGCUCAUCAGCAGGGAUCAGAGGUUCCUGUUGGUCAGUCUGCCCAGCACCAUCAAGCACAGCUGGACUCCAUAUUUAUGCUGCUUGAGGAGAACAUUGUCAGUUUUGUGAAAUGUGAGUUAAAGGAGAUCCAGAGAGUUUUGAGUCCAGAUUACCAAGAAUGCCUAGAGAGGGAAGAUGAGGAGGUGUUGGAUGGUGAGGAAGAGGAGCAGAGGAGGAGCAGCAGGGAGGCGUUUCUGACAAUUGCAAUGAACUUCCUGAGGAGAAUGAAGCAGGAGGAGCUGGCUGACUGUCUGAGUGAUGGAAAGAGGAAAUGGAGUCAACAUGGGACAGGAACUAGUUCUUCAGACUGCCCAAGUAAACUGAAGUCUAACCUGAAGAAGAAGUUCCAGUGUGUGUUUGAGGGGAUCGCUAAAGCAGGAAACCCAACCCUUCUGAAUCAGAUCUACACAGAGCUCUACAUCACAGAGGGAGGGACUGGAGAGGUCAACGAUGAACACGAGGUCAGACAGAUCGAAACAACAUUCAAGAACUCACACAGACCAGAAACAACCAUCAGACAAGAAGACAUCUUUAGAGGCAUACCAGGAAGAGAUGAACCAAUCAGAACAGUGAUGACAAAGGGCGUGGCUGGCAUUGGGAAAACAGUCUUAACACAGAAGUUCACUCUGGACUGGGCUGAAGGCAAAGCCAACCAGGACAUCCAUUUCACAUUCCCAUUCACUUUCAGAGAGCUGAAUGUGCUGAAAGGGAAAAAGUUCAGCUUGGUGGAGCUUGUUCAUCACUUCUUCACUGAAACCAAAGAAGCAGGACUCUGCAGGUUUGAACAGUUCCAGGUGGUGUUCAUCUUUGACGGUCUGGAUGAGUGUCGACUUCCUCUGGCCUUCCACAACAACCAGAUCCUGACUGAUGUUGAAGAGUCCACCUCAGUGGAUGUGCUGCUGACAAACCUCAUCAAGGGGAACCUGCUUCCAUCUGCUCGCCUCUGGAUAACCACACGACCUGCAGCAGCCAAUCAGAUCCCUCCUGAGUGUGUUGACAUGAUGACAGAGGUCAGAGGGUUCACUGACCCUCAGAAGGAGGAGUACUUCAGGAAGAGAUUCAGAGAUGAGGAGCAGGCUAGCAGAAUCAUCUCCCACAUCAAGAUAUCCAGAAGCCUCCACAUCAUGUGCCACAUCCCAGUCUUCUGCUGGAUCACUGCUACAGUCCUGGAGGAUGUGCUGAAGACCAGAGAGGGAGGAGAGCUGCCCAAGACCCUGACCGAGAUGUACAUCCACUUCCUGGUGGUUCAGACCAAAGUAAAGAACAUCAAGUAUGAUGGAGGAGCUGAGACUGAUUCUCGCUGGGAUCCAGAGAGCAAGAAGAUGAUUAAGUCUCUGGGAAAACUGGCUUUUGAGCAGCUGCAGAAAGGAAACCUGAUCUUCUAUGAACCAGACCUGAUGGAGUGUGGCAUCAAUAUCAGAGCAGCCUCGGUGUACUCAGGAGUGUUCACACUGAUCUUUAGAGAGGAGAGAGGACUGUACCAGGACAAGGUGUUCUGCUUCAUCCAUCUGAGCGUUCAGGAGUUUCUGGCUGCUUUUCAUGUCCAUCAGACCUUCACCAACUCUGGAGUCAAUCUAAUGCUAGGUAAACAAAUACCUUCCCUGAUUCCUAAAAUUUUUAGAGACCCGGCAACACUUCAACAUCUCCAUCAGAGUGCUGUGGACCAAGCCUUGAAAAGUCCAAAUGGGCACCUGGACUUGUUCCUUCGCUUCCUCCUGGGUCUUUCACUGCAGUCCAAUCAGAAUCUCCUUUUCGGUCUGCUGACCAGAACAGAAAGUGACACAAAGACCAUACAGAACUCAGUCCAGUACAUCUUGACAAAGAUCAGAGAGAAUGCGUCUGCAGAGAAAAGCAUCAAUCUGUUCCACUGUCUGAGUGAACUGAAUGAUAAUUCUCUAGUGAAGAGGAUACAGCAGUCCUUGACAUCAGGAAGUCUCUCCACAAACACAUUGUCUCCUGCUCAGUGGUCAGCUCUGGCUUUCAUCUUACUUUCAUCAGAAAAACAUCUGGAUGUGUUUGACCUGAAGAAAUACUCUGCUUCAGAGGAUGUUCUUCUGAGGCUGCUGCCAGUUUUCAGAACAUGCAACAAAGCACAGCUGAGUGGAUGUAACCUGUCAGAGAGAAGCUGUGAAGCUCUAUCUUCAGUCCUCAGCUCCCAGACCUCCACUCUGAGAGAGCUGGACUUGAAUAUCAACAAUCUGCAGGAUUCUGGAGUGAAGUUGCUUUUUGUUGGACUUGAGAGUCCACACUGUAAAUUGGAAAGUCUCAGGUUGAGUGGAUGUAACCUGUCAGAAAGAAGCUGUGAAGAUCUGUCUACAGUCCUCAGCUCCCAGUCCUCCCGUCUUAGGGAGCUGAACCUGAGUAACAACGACCUGCAGGAUUCAGGAGUGAAGCUGCUGUGUGCUGGACUGGAGGGUCCACACUGCAAACUGGAAGCCCUCAGGUUGGCUGGAUGUCAUCUGUCAGAGAGAAGCUGUGAAGCUCUGUCUUCAGUCCUCAGCUCUCAGUCCUCCAGUCUGAGAGAGCUGGACCUGAGUAACAACGACCUGAAGGAUUCAGGAGUGAAGCUGCUGUGCUCUGGACUGGAGAGUCCACACUGCAAACUGGGAACUCUAAGUCUGUCAGGCUGUCUGAUCACAGAGGAAGGCUGUUCUUCUCUGGCCUCAGCUCUGAAUGCCAACCCUUCCCAUCUGAGAGAGCUGGACCUGAACUACAACCAUCCAGGAGACUCAGGAAAGAAGCUUCUUUCAGCUGGACUAAAGAAUCCACUAUGGAAACUGAAAACCCUCAGGAUGGACCACGGUGGAGAGCUGAGGUUAAAAUCUGGUGUGAAGAAGUAUUUCUGUGAACUCACACCGGACCCAAACACAGCACACGAACGCCUCAAACUGUCUGAAGACAACAGGAAAGUGACAAAUGUGGGAAAAGACCAGCCAUAUCCUGAUCAUCCAGACAGAUUUGACUACUGGCAGCAGCUGCUGUGUAGAGAUGGUCUGACUGGUCGCUGUUACUGGGAGGUUGAGUGGAGAGGACAGGUUUUUAUAUCAGUGAGUUACAGAAGAAUCAGAAGAAAAGGAAACAGUAAUGACGGUGUGUUUGGAGGUAAUGAUCACUCGUGGAGUCUGGUCUGCUCUGAUGAAGAAUCCUGUGUCUAUCACAAUAACAGAGAAACAGUCCCCCCUCUCUCCUGGUCCUCCUCCUCUAAAAGAGUAGCAGUGUAUUUGGACUGUCCUGCUGGCUCUCUGUCCUUCUACAGAGUCUCCUCUGACACUCUGAUCCACCUCCACACCUUCAACACCACAUCCACUCAACCUCUCUACCCUGGGUUUGGGUUGGCAUAUGGUUCCUCAGUGUCUCUGUGUUCUCUGUAGGAGGAAGAGUCUCCUCCUUUUCACAAACAUAAACUGCUGAUUGUUUCCACCUUUAGAGAAAAUGAAGUUCUUCACAGUUUUUCACAACCAUUUAAAGACAUUUCCAGAUACAGUGACUUAAUUUCUCCAAACUCAAACUAAAAAGUUCCAGAGUCUUCAGAUGUCUUCCAGAAUGAGCCAAAGCACUCAAAACUAUGUUCUCUCCUCUCUAAACUGAUUAGUUCCUCCAAAACCAAACGCACAGCUAUCAUCUGUUUCUGUCUAACAGAGCAUCAAAUAAACACCGACAGACUCUGUGCAGGUCUGACAGUGUUACAUUAGAUAUGGCUUUAAAAAUGUAUUUACCACCACACCAGACCUCUAAAAGCCAUUGUGAGCAAUAUUAAGAAAAGACAUAUUAUUUCUAAAAUUAAUAGCAUGGCUAUCUGAUGGAAUUGGCAUUUAUAGCCUUUCAAAACAAGAUUCAUAUCUCCCUUUUCACAAACUUCUUCCUGCUAUGUUCUAAAACCAACUGUCUGCAACUUUACUGCCUGAAUUGCUGGCAGCUUCAUCAGAUGGCUUAAUUCGAGCUGCAAGGGCUUGAUUCAGACUGCUGCGACCCUCGCCAGCGACAUUCUCACACCUUCUUGCCAUGUUGUGUAUCUUUGGUUUGAACUGGGCUUAAAACCCAAUGGAUCAAACUGUAUACUCAAAUGCAUCACUGUGUUGUGUUUUAAUCUUUUCUUUAAGAUUGGUUUGAACUUUUAAUUCAUUGUUUUUGUGUCUCUUUUGAUUUCUAAUUGAGAUAAAGGGUGGAUUUCUUUACAUCCCACUUUGAGCUGCGGUUGUUGAAUUAAAGAUGCUGUAUAAAUAAAGUUUUUCAUUCUA